AAGUCAGCAGGAGGUUUUUUUUUGUGAUCAGAAAAACAUGUGGCUCUUUUGGGGGAAAAAAUCAUCAGAUGAAACGAAGGAAAGGCCUGUCUCACCUGGACUCAGCUGUGUGUCCUUUCAGAGUGACGGCUCAAUGGUGCAGCCUCUCGAGUUUACAGGUGGAGCAUCCUCUGUGGAAAGCAGCACAGCUCAUCUGUUUUAGUCGGAAACGUGUUUGGACGUGAUGGAGCCUGAAAAGAAGAACUAAAGGAAAUAACCGAGAACUCCUACCAGGAUUAAGAGUGAAGCAGACGUUUGACUUUCUGAGAGAAUGUCGGGGGAGUGUGAAGAAAUCACAACCACUGAAAUGAGUCUUCCUGAGGGGAAAUGCAAGAAUCAAGGUGCAACAGAGAAAAGGCCAAAUUCUCCUGAAGUCAGCUGUGUGUCCUUGAAGAGUGGGCGGUCAAUAACGCCCCCUAUUAACUUUAAAGGUGGAACAUCCUCUCAGGAAAGUGAAACGAAGGAAAGGCCUGUCUCACCUGGACCCAGCUGUGUGUCCUUUCAGAGUGACCGCUCAAUGAGACACCCUCUCGAGUUUACAGAUGGCGCAUCCUCUGUGGAAAGAACCCCAAAACAGGAACCAGAAAACAGCUGCAGAAAUUGGAUGGAGUCCGUAUUCCAGCUGGAGCACAAAGUCAUCACAUUGGUGAAGAAUGAACUGAACAAUUUAAAGAAGCUACUGAGUGCUGAUUACCCAGAAUGCUCUGAGAGGGAGGAGAAAGCGGAGGAGGAGGAUCUGGACCGUAUUAGAGAGAGUGUGCUGAAGAUCACACUGCGUAUCCUGAAGAACCUGAAGCAGAAAGAUCUCGCUCACCAACUGCAGAUCAAGCUGGCCUCUGGAUAUCAGCGAAAACUCAAAUCCAGACUUGGAGAUAAAUUUAAAAGGAUAAAUGAAGGAAUCUCCCAGCAUGGGACAUCAGUACUUCUGAAUCAGAUCUACACAGAGCUCUACAUCACAGAGGGCUGGAGUGAAGACAUCAGUAAUGAACAUGAGGUGAGACAGAUUGAGACAGUGUCCAGGAGACCAGUAACAGAGGAGAAACCCAUCAAAUGUAAUGAUCUCUUUAAAGACACGUCCAUCAGAAGUGUGCUGACUAAAGGAGUUGCUGGAAUUGGAAAAACUGUCUCUGUGCAGAAGUUCAUUCUGGACUGGACUGAAGGGAAAGUGAAUCAGGACGUCACCUUCAUGUUUCCACUUCCCUUUAGAGAGCUGAAUCUGAUGAAGCAGCAAAACCUCAGUCUGAUGAAUCUUCUUCAUCAGUUUUUCCCUGAUAUUAAGGACCUAGAAGUAAUAGACAGUGAUACCUACAAAAUCCUGUUGAUCUUUGAUGGUCUGGAUGAGUGUCGACUUCCUCUAGAUUUCCAGAACAAUGAGAGAUUGUGUGAUGUGACCGAGUCGGCAUCAGUGGAUGUGCUGCUGACAAACCUCAUCAAGGGGAACCUGCUUCCCUCUGCUCUCCUCUGGAUAACCACUCGACCAGCAGCAGCCAAUCAGAUCCCUCCUGAGAGUGUAGACCAGGCAACAGAGAUACGAGGGUUCAGUGAUCCUCAGAAAGAGGAGUACUUCAGGAAGAAGAUCAGUGAUCAGAGCCUGGCCAAUAAAAUCAUCACACACAUGAAGUCUUCAAGAAGCCUCUACAUCAUGUGCCACAUCCCAGUCUUCUGCUGGAUCUCAGCCACUGUUCUCGAAAGAAUGUUAGGUGAAGCAGAGAGUGGAGAGAUCCCCAAGACUCUGACUCAAAUGUUCACACACUUCCUUAUCUUUCAGAUCAAACACAAGGAACAAAAGUACCAUGGAACAUAUGACCCUGAUUCUCAGCAGACCAGAGAGAGUAUCCUGGCACUGGGAAAACUGGCUUUCCAACAACUGGAGAAAGGAAACCUGAUCUUCUAUGAGGAAGACCUGAGAGAGUGUGGCAUUAAUGUUAGAGAAGUGGCAGUGUACUCAGGGGUGUGUACUCAGAUCUUCAGAAAAGAAUCAGGACUCUACCUGGGGAAGAUGUUCAGCUUUGUGCAUCUGAGCAUUCAGGAGUUUUUGGCUGCGUUGUAUGCAUUUCUCUGCUUUCUUGACAAAACCCCAACAAAAGAACAAACUACUGCUCUGUCUGGUCUUUUCAACACAUCAGAAAUGUCUGACUUCCUCAAAGGUGCAGUGGACCAGGCCUUACAGAGUGACACCGGACACUUGGAUCUUUUCCUCCGCUUCCUUCUGGGCCUCUCAGUGGAGUCCAAUCAGAAGCUCAUUCGACAUCAUCUGCCACACACAGGAAGCAGCUCUGACUGCCAGAAGGACAUAGUUGAGUACAUCAAGUUCAAGUUUGAACAAAAUCCAUCUCCAGAGAGAUUAAUAAACCUUUUCUACUGUCUGAAUGAGUUAAAUGAUGAUUCACUCGUGAAAGAGAUCCAAAGUUACAUGAGCUCAGGACGUCUCUCUGAAGCUGAACUCUCACCUGCUCAGUGGUCUGCUCUGGUCUUUGUGUUGCUGACAUCAGAUGAGGAUCUGGAAGUGUUUCAGCUACAGAAGUUCAUAAAGUCAGAUGAAUGCUUUAAGAGGCUGCUACCAGUCGUCCAGCAAGCCACAACAGUUCUGCUCAGUGAUUGUAACCUGACAGAGAGAAGCUGCUCAGCUUUACACACAGUUCUCAGCUCUGAAUCCUCCAAACUGACUGAGGUGGAUCUGAGCAGUAACCAUCUGGAGGACUCAGGAGUGAAGCAGCUUUGUGUUGGACUGGAGAGUCCAAACUGUAAACUGGAGAAACUGAGCCUUUGGCGACGUAAUGUGACUGUGGAGAGCUGUUCAGCUUUAGCCAGCGUUCUCAAAUUAAAGUCCUGCAGUGUGAGAGAGCUGGACCUGAGCAACAACAGUCUGCAGGAUCCAGGAGUCACUCAGCUUUCUGCUGGACUGAAACACCGUCACUGUAAACUGGAGAUUCUGAGGUUUAAUGCAUGUGCUCUAACUGAUGGAAGCGGUUCAGCUCUCGCUGAAGUUUUGAGCUCUGAAUAUUCCCAGCUGAGAGAGCUGGACCUGAGCAACAACAGUCUGCAGGAUCCAGGAGUCACUCAGCUUUCUGCUGGACUGAAGAAUCCACAGUCUCCACUCAGAACACUGAGGCUGAAUAAAAGUAAUCUGACUGUGGAGAGCUGUUCAGCUUUAGCCAGCGUUCUCAAAUUAAAGUCCUGCAGUGUGAGAGAGCUGGACCUGAGCAACAACAGUCUGCAGGAUCCAGGAGUCACUCAGCUUUCUGCUGGACUGAAACACCGUCACUGUAAACUGGAGAUUCUGAGGUUUAAUGCAUGUGCUCUAACUGAUGGAAGCGGUUCAGCUCUCGCUGAAGUUUUGAGCUCUGAAUAUUCCCAGCUGAGAGAGCUGGACCUGAGCAACAACAGUCUGCAGGAUCCAGGAGUCACUCAGCUUUCUGCUGGACUGAAACACCGUCACUGUAAACUGGAGAUUCUGAGGUUUAAUGCAUGUGCUCUAACUGAUGGAAGCGGUUCAGCUCUCGCUGAAGUUUUGAGCUCUGAAUAUUCCCAGCUGAGAGAGCUGGACCUGAGCAACAACAGUCUGCAGGAUCCAGGAGUCACUCAGCUUUCUGCUGGACUGAAACACCGUCACUGUAAACUGGAGAUUCUGAGGUUUAAUGCAUGUGCUCUAACUGAUGGAAGCGGUUCAGCUCUCGCUGAAGUUUUGAGCUCUGAAUAUUCCCAGCUGAGAGAGCUGGACCUGAGCAACAACAGUCUGCAGGAUCCAGGAGUCACUCAGCUUUCUGCUGGACUGAAACACCGUCACUGUAAACUGGAGAUUCUGAGGUUUAAUGCAUGUGCUCUAACUGAUGGAAGCGGUUCAGCUCUCGCUGAAGUUUUGAGCUCUGAAUAUUCCCAGCUGAGAGAGCUGGACCUGAGCAACAACAGUCUGCAGGAUCCAGGAGUCACUCAGCUUUCUGCUGGACUGAAGAAUCCACAGUCUCCACUCAGAACACUGAGACUGUGUAACUGCAGUGUAGCAGCUGAAGGCUGUGCUGCUUUGGCUGCAGCUCUGGAAGAAAAUCCCUCACAGCUCAGAGAGCUGGAUCUGAGCGGGAAUAAAGCAGGAGACUCAGGAAUAAAGCACAUCUCGAACCUCCUACAGAAUUCACACUGCCUCCUGGAAACACUCAAGUUGUUGAAAAGUGCUGAAGCAGAGGAAGCCUACAACCUUCUUACUCGAAUGUUCAGUAAAAACCCCUUACUGCACACGGAGCUGGAUCUGAGCUCCAGAAAAUUAACAGACGUCAGAGUGGAUCAGCUCUCGGCUCUGCUGCAGGAUCCACAUUACAGACUGCAGAAACUUACACUGAGGAAGAGCGUCAGUGAGAAAUCCUGCACUGCUUUGGCUUCAGCACUUUCCAGAUUAGUUAUUGACCUUAAUACUACUGUGUUACAGCGUCAGUGA